UUUAAACCGUUUGGUAGGUCAACGUCAGCGCCUCUCCUCUCCUUUCAGGACUUGAGCAGCUCGUCGAGAUCCGUCAAACCGGAAAGUGAAUGAUGGUGGAGGUGGAGGUGAACGAGGAAGUUAAAACCUGCGGUGGGAGUGAGAUUGAAAUGAAAAGGAGGUGCUGUGAUGGUCCGAGUCCAGUUCAAUGGUGCAGAAUGCUGUGCAGGGAAAUGCAUUGGAGUUUUGUAUUAGGGGUUGUUGUUGUUUAUGGAAUAAGUCAAGGAUUUGGGGGAGCUCUGAAUCGGGUGGGCACAGAAUAUUACAUGAAGGAUGUACAAAAGGUGCAGCCUUCUCAAGCUCAAUUCUAUCAAGGACUUACUUCUAUUCCAUGGCUUGUCAAGCCUCUCUGGGGUCUCCUCACCGAUCUUCUCCCACUCUUUGGCUAUCGAAGACGCCCUUAUUUCAUUCUUGCUGGCUCCAUUGGCGUGAUCGCUAUGCUUGUGUUGUCAUUCCAUGAAAAGCUGCAUAUUGCACUUGCCAUCUUGGCAUUAACAGUCGGAAGUGCCGGAGUAGCUGUAGCCGAUGUCACCAUAGAUGCUUGUGUGGCUCAGAACAGUAUUAGCCAUCAUUCACUUGCAGCCGAUAUGCAAAGCCUGUGUGCCUUGAGUUCCUCCAUUGGAGCACUAUUCGGAUUCUUUAUCAGUGGUAUACUUGUUCAUCUUAUAGGCCCAAAGGGCGUAUAUGGCUUGUUGGCAAUCCCAUCUGGACUUGUAUUUGUAAUUGGAACCCUGAUCAAGGAACCUCAUUCACCCAAUUUCAUGUACAUGCAGGUCAAUCAGAAGUUUAUUGAUGCUGGAAAGUCUAUGUGGACCACAUUGAAAUGCCCUGAUGUAUGGAGACCAUGCGUAUACAUGUACUCAUCACUUGCAUUAAGCUUGAACAUCCUUGACGGGAUGUUUUACUGGUAUACAGACUCAAAGGGGGGUCCAUCAUUCUCUCAGGAGAAUGUGGGAUAUAUAUUCUCUAUAGGUUCUGUCGGUUCCAUUUUGGGCGCAGUACUCUAUCAGUAUGUCCUAAAGGAUCAUCCUUUCCGGGACUUGCUCUUCUGGACUCAGUUGGUUUAUGGUUUAUCAGGAAUGCUAGAUUUGAUGCUGGUCUUGCGGUUGAAUUUGAGACUUGGCAUACCCGAUUAUUUCUUUGUUGUGGUUGAUGAAAGUGUAUCGCAAAUGACUGGAAGGCUCAAAUGGAUGCCUCUUCUGGUGCUUAGCUCAAAGCUUUGUCCCCCAGGUAUUGAAGGAACGUUUUUUGCAUUGCUUAUGUCAAUUGACAAUGUUGGACUUCUGUCAGCUACUUGGGGAGGAGGCGCCCUGCUGCAUGUACUGAAGGUUACACGAACACAGUUUGAUAAUCUUUGGCUUGCUAUUUUGAUUAGGAAUGUGUUGAGAUUAACCCCACUGUGUCUGCUAUUUUUGGUACCUAGAGUUGAUUCCAGCUCUUCCAUUCUUCCAGCUGAAAUCUUGAGUACGAAAGAGGAUAAUGAAAUUGAAACUCCAGAAGCUGAAAACAUCGAACUGGUUUCCCUUGUAAGCAGAGUUGAUGGGUGACACCGGAAAGAGUUGGAUCUAAAGGUGCUAUUCAGUUAAAGUGAAGUCUGAAGUUACUAUUCUUGCA